AUGGACGGAAGUUGCAACAAUGCUCGCUGGCCAACCUGGGGAUCAACCAACCAACCAUUCAAGAGAUUUAUUGAUCCUGCAUAUGAUGAUGGCAAGUUCGUUCCCCGAAUGAGAGGCGUUGAUGGUUAUCCCCUUCCCAGUCCACGCGCCAUCAGUGUGGCCGUCCAUCCGGGAGUUGACAGUCCUUCUGAUGACCACACGGUGAUGGUGAUGCAGUGGGGUCAGUUUGUUGACCACGAUCUCACCGGAACUCCUCUCCAUGCAGGUGAUGUUCAAUCAAAAUGUUGCGAUGGUCACACACCUGGAGAGAUGCAUUCUGAUGUACGAGCUGGUGGUCCUUGUUUCCCAAUCACCAUGCCAGUAAAUGAAGGACAUUUCCAAAAGAACUGCAUGGAGUUCAAAAGAUCAGCCCCAGCACCUGGAAGGAAUACUCGAGAACAGUUGAACCUACUGACGUCCUUUGUGGACGCCUCUAACGUGUACGGACUCAGUCAGGAUCAGAUCAAUCACCUCAGGAAUGGACGUGACGACCGUGUGAACGUGUUCCCUGGUCUGGCCGUGCUACACACCAUGUUUGUCCGCGAACACAAUCGUCUUGUCAAAGAACUUGCUGAUGUCAUGCCAUCGACCACUCCUGAUGAUGUCUUGUUUGAGGAGGCCAGAAAGAUCGUGUCAGCCAUCAUCCAACAAGUCACCUACCGCGAAUGGCUGCCCAUUAUUAUCGACAUGUACCCAUAG